AUGUCUGGUUCAAGAGGAAUCCACAUAGUAUGUCUGGUUCUCGAGGAAUCCACAUGGUAUGUCUGGUUCUCAAGGAAUCCCUAUGGGGGAGCAGACCUGAACCUCCCCCUAGAAACUUUGCUGAACACAAUCUUGACACCCCACCCCUUGAACAUGCACCUGGCGUCCACUAUAGUGUGUUAUUCGCUGUGCGAUUUCAACCUGACCAAGUGUGAAUUCGGAAAAGCUCAGGUGACCUUUUUGGGACAUGUGGUUGGUCUUGGGAAAGUAGCUCCUAUCACAGCCAAAGUGGACUGCAUUCUGAAAUAUCCUCCGCCCACCACGAGGAAGGAAGUUCGGCGUUUCCUGGGGAUGAUCGGGUACUACCGGCGUUUCUGUCCAAACUUUGCUACGGUCGCAGCCCCAAUCACAGCACUAUUAAAAAAGGGAACCAAUUUCCAGUGGACAGAGCAAUGUACGCAAGCAUUCACUCUUUUGAAGAACUUAUUGUGUACCGCCCCUAUAAUGGCAGCACCAGACUACCAAAAACCUUUCACGCUAGCAGUGGAUGCCAGUGACGUCGCAUGUGGUGGUGUCCUAUUUCAAGAGGACGCCCAAGGUCUGGACAACCCUGCUGAAUGCAUGCCAAAUUUCCUAAAGCUGAGGGGACGUGUCACGGUGUUUGACUUUUCAUAUUUGUUCCUGUACAACACCGUGUUUUCUUGA